ACUGUGGAAAAGAUUCCAUUGACAAAAGUGGGUCGAUGUAUUUACAGAGUGAGACACGAGGAGUCAGGUGUUGAAAGGUCCAUCGUCUGCCAAAUUGAUACUGUUGAAGGAAGCAAGAUGAUAACUAUACGUUCUCCUAUUCAGAUAAGGAAUCAUUUUUCAAUACCAUUAAAUAUAUUUGAGGAAGGAAGAUGUUUAGGGACUGCUUCACCAGAAAAUGAAUUCAACAUACCAUUGUCCUCUUACAGGUAUUUUAUUGCAUUUUUGCAGCCACUAGGUAAUGAAAAUGGAGUAGAUGGAGAAUAUGAUCUGUGUGAAGGAAUUACAUUUGAAGAAAUUAUGAAAAAUGUGGACAGUUUAUUACAAAGGAAAUGCCAGUCUGUGAGGUCAACUAACCACUCACUUGUCAUCAAUAUUGUUCCUGUAAAAGACACAUUGACAUCUUCAUCAUGUGCAGAAGAUCAAUGGGAUUUUCCAUAUGUUGUUCAUUUAUGGCCUUCUGUUCUUCUCCGCAAUCUUCUUCCUUAUCAGAUAAACUACUCUGUAGAGGGAAAUGGGAACAGAUAUGAUACUCUACAAGAAGGAUGUUCAGCUCAGAUUCAUAAUGCAGUCUUGGAUCAAACAAAACUAGAUUUACAGUUGCUUAACUAUCUUGAUCAAAAUUGGAAAAGUGAGUACCAUGUAAAAAGCAAUCUACCAGAUAUCACCUUCAUGACGUUUUACUGCAUCACGGAGUUGGAUAAGACUGAACUGGAUAUUGCUGUCCAUGUGACCUACACAACCGGGCAGAUGGUUAUAGCAAUUCACAGUCCAUACUGGAUGGUAAAUAAAACUGGUCGAAUGUUGCAAUACAAAGCUGAUGGUAUUCACCGCAAGCAUCCUCCUGAUUACAAAAAGCCACUCCUUUUUUCUUUCCAGCCCAAGAACUUCCUUCAAAAUAACAAGGUGCAGCUUAUGGUAACUGACAGUGAACUGUCUGAUCAGUUUUCACUGGACACUGUUGGAAGUCACGGUUCUGUGAAAUGCAAGAGUCAUAAGAAGGAAUAUCAAGUCGGUGUCACCAUAAACAACAGCAGUUUUAGUAUUACUAGAAUUGUAACUUUCACUCCAUUUUUUAUGAUUUCAAAUAGAAGCAAAUACACUUUGGAAGUAGCUGAAGAAGGCAAGGAAAAGUGGAUUCCUAUUGUUUUGCAGCAGUGCAUUCCCUUUUGGCCUGAAAAUGAUGCCAACAAACUGCUUGUUAGAGUUGAAAAUUCCGAUCUCCCCCCAAAGAGGAUAAAUUUUGAUAAGCAAGAAAACUGUCUGCUACUGCAUUUGGACAACAAGCUUGGAGGAAUUACAGUGGAUGUUAACCUGACUGAGCAUUCUACAGUGAUUACAUUUUCUAAUUACCAUGAUGGCGCAGCUCCUUUUCUGUUGAUAAACCAUACUAAAGAAGAAAUUAUUGAGUAUGGACAAAGCUCCCUCAGUGAAUUGGAAGACUGUCUCCAGCCAAAUAAGGCAGUACUUUAUACUUGGGCAGACCCAGCAGGAUCUAGAAAAUUGAAAUGGAAAUGUGGAAAUAGAACUGAGGAGAUUACCCCAAAAGAGGAUAAAAUGGAAAUACUCAGCCUGGAGUGUAGAAAAGUGGUCUAUUUAGUGUCAUUUUUUGAAGGUUUGCAGCGUAUUGUCCUAAUCACCGAAGAUGAGAAUGUAUUUAAAUUGACAUAUGAAAGUGUAAAGCUGGAACUAGCAGAACAAGAAAUUGUUCUGUCUUUGCAAGAUGUUGGAAUUUCAUUGGUUAAUAAUUAUACAAAGCAAGAGGUGUCCUACAUUGGAAUUACGAGUUCUGAUGUGGUUUGGGAGACAAAACCCAAGAAGAAAUCAAGAUGGAGACCAAUGAGUGUUAAGCAGACUGAUAAAUUAGAACAAGAAUUCAAAGAGUACAGUGAGCUAACUCCUUCAGAAAAUAAGAUUAUUGAGUUGGAAUCAAAUGUUUUGGUAUGUUUAACUCCUAAUGGAAUGAACAUGAAAAUUCAGCAACCAAAUGAGAUUCCUAUCAGAAGGAAUUAUCUGCCAGCUUUAAAAGUAGAAUACAGUUCAUCUACACAUCAGAAGUCUUUCAGAAUUCAAAUUUACAGGAUACAGAUACAAAACCAGAUUCCUGGAGCCAUAUUUCCCUUUGUGUUCUAUCCUAUUAAACCUCCAAAGUCCAUCACCUUGGAUUCAG